GCCUCAGUGAAGUUCACAAGAUUAACGGUUACUACAAAAACUACAGGAAGUUGAGUGGACAAGAAGCGGAAGCGGAUAGAAGAUAUGAAGCCAAAUGGGGAAGUAAAAACCUGUGUGAGGAUGGAUGUCCCUCCAGUGCUGAAUGUCAACGAGGAUUCUGUGUCUGCAAGAACGAGACUCUGCAGAUAUUUGGUCAAUGUGUGAUGUCUGGAUUUGCGUGGGCAGCUAGAGGAGAUGAAGCAAAAUACAGAAAGCCCCCUGAUCCCGCCAGACCUGAUUAUUGCUUUAAAACUGAUAAAAAUGGAAACAGAAACAUUGUUCGUCAGGAGCAUGCAAAUGAUCCUAAAUGCCAGCUGCCUCCUUUCAUCAAACAUUUUGACCCAUAUGAACAGAACUGCACUGCUCAUGGAAGGCCCUGCAACGAAAGAGGAGUAAAUCUGAUCUGUGACCGUAACAUUGAUAGAUGCAAGUGCAGACAAGGAACAGUGUGGAACACCAAAACGAUGGAGUGUCAAGUUUUCAUAGAUGUCAACUGCUUCGAUAUCGAGAACACGAACAAUACCCAAAACAAGGAUAUAGUAAACGCUUUAAAGUCAAAGAAUCCAUCUCAACCAGAACAAGGGUAUACAGAGGAAGAAUUGAGAAUGAACAUGUGUUUCAUAUUAGAUGAGGAGUCAGAGGAGUAUUUGAAGAACCAAGUUGAUGAAACAGAUUUCUACAUUUUCGGUCUUUCUGUUGGGGCAUUUUUUGCAACAUGUUGUGGAUCUAUCUGUGCAGCCUGCUGCUGCUGUAAAUGUUGUGAACGAGUCAGAGAGAAGAUACGUCAGUUAGAUCCAAGAUACAGGUUUAAACAAAUGGAUCAGAAUACUCAAAUGGCGGCGCUAGCAGCUGUAGCAGCGGGAGAAAUGGCGGACAAGAAGGAACAGAGAGAAGACGAGGCCAGGGCUGCUCAAAUACAGGGAGGUUAUACUGCAGUGCCUAACCCUGGAUAUCCACCACCAGGGGGUUAUCCUGCCCCAGGAGGGUAUCCUCCUCCAGGUGGAUAUCCACCUCCUCAAGGAUAUCCUACUCCUGGAUAUGGAUAUCCACAAGGAUAUGCCCCAGUUCCCCAAUACCAACCUGGAUAUAUUCCCCCAGCAUCAACUACAACUGGACUUAUGAAUGUGGCUCCUGAAGCAGUGUUGGCUGGCGCUGGAAUGUACACAGGCAACAAUACAAUGACAGCUAUGGGAGUGCUGGGUGUAGCGGAUAAAGUGAAUAUGGCGGAUGAGAAGGAAGAAAGGUUUAGAGCUGCAGUAAUGAAAGGAGCUCCUCCUCCUCCUAUGGGAUAUGCAGGAGGAGCCCCUCUCCCAGAAUCUGAGAAACCUCCACCAGCAAACUAUCCUCGUCAGACCUAAUCAACCAGUGGAAAUAUGCGACAACAAAAAUCGUGAUUUCAAGGGACUGUACCCUUUACUUGAAGUGACCCUUCAUUGAUAGAGUGACAUGUCUGAUUUACAACGGCACCCGUAAAAACUUUGAACUUAGAUAUUCUUAUUUGUUUGUCGUUGAAAUCUUAUUAUGUUUAUUCGUGGAAUUUCUCUACAAAAAUGACUUCAGCGUUUCUUCCAUAAGAAACAAUAAACAAUUGUAAUCACUACAAACCUUUCAAGUUAGAAACUUCCUUACUAUGAUGAAUUAGAUUAAAUUUUCUAGGAUACCGUUGUAGAGCAUAUCCCUCUUUAAUGGUGGAUUACUGAAAUUAACAAAAACGGUCCCUUUAAACUGCAAAAACAGUCCCUUUAAACUGCAAAAACGGUCCCUUUAAACUGC